AGUAGCUCUACACAGAUACACAUUCAACAUGCAGACCGUACUCGAAGUUUUCGUAGGAUGCAUCGCUAUGGCCAUGGCCAGUGACUAUGCCACCAAGGCAUAUGAGCCUAAAUACCCCACACAUGGUUACCAGAGGAACAAUGGUUACCAUCAGGACUCUUACGUAGCUCCAAGCUAUAACAGCCAUGACAGCUACAAAGCCCCAAGCUACAAUAGCUAUGAAGCCCCAAGCUACAACACUUAUGAGACAAAGAGCUACACACACUGCAACAGCUACGGAUAUGGAUCCUACAUGUACAACACAUGCAAAAAAUGUGCCACAACUUACAGCAGCUACUUCACAUGCCCCAAGACCUACUACCCAGCUGAGACAUAUGUUGCCCAGCCAAGCUACGGACAUGAAAGCUACAACAGGCACAACAGCUACAACAGCUAUCAAGCCCCUGCCCAGAAAUUCCACUUCAAGCACUCUGAUGACAGCUGUUUCUGGCAGUGUGAUGCCUCUGGAAAGGCCCUUGCCCGUCCCUGCCCUUACGGACUUGUCUUCGAUGAAUACAAGGGUGUCUGUGUCAACAAAUCCUAUUAACUUCAUCAAAAUUCUCUCAUAACUCAUCAUUGGACAUUCACUACAAAUUAAUUUAAC